GCCCAGCCCGGCGCCAGCCGCCGCGUCCACUGGCGGAGGCGGCGGGUCCUGGACUCCGAGGCCCGCGGCGACGGCCGCCCAGGACGCGGGGCCGCGGCCCGCCACUGCGGGCAGCGCCAGGCCACGCGCAGCCGUCGCCGCCACUGGCGCCGCGCCCAAGCCAACGGCGACCACGCCAGGUGUUACCACCAAGACGCCUCCGAGCGCCAGCUUCGCCGCAGCGGCCAGCGCGCAGCCCAAGUUCGGGCUGGGCGCCAAGCCCGCCGCGGCAAGCGCCGCCCCGCUGGGUGGCGCCUACGGCGCCGCGCCGGGAGGCUUCGGCGCCCCCGGCUGGGGCCUCCCCGCGCACGGAGCUGCUGGCUACGCCGCGCUGGGCCCCACCAUGGGCGCACCCGCGCCCGGCUGCGGCUACGGGGCGGCGCUGCCGCAGGCCGCUGGCUUCCAGGCGCUGUCCGCGGCCUCGGCGCCUGGCGGCUUCGGGGCCUUCGCGCCCGCCGCGGCGGCGCCCACGCCCGGCGGCUUCGGGGCCUUCGGGGGGCCGCCCACGGCCGCGGGACCCAUGGCCGGCUUUGCGGCGGCACCAGCCAGCGCCGCCCCCCCUCAGACCGGCUGGGCAGAUUUCGGGUCCUCGCUGGCGACCGCCGCCCCAAAGGCCCCGGCGGCUGGGGGCGCCACCGGCUUCGCCUCCUUCCCAGCGCAGCCCGCGCCCGCGGUCGCCGCCACUGCGCCGGCGUUCGCCGCGUUUGGGGCGGGUCUCGCCGCUCCUGCACCCGCGCCGCGGCCAGCGGGCACGGCGCCGCUCGGCACCGAGAACCUGUUCUCCCUGCUGGGGGGCCCGCCUGGCAGACCUGGCGCCGCCGCCGCGGCGCCCGCGCAGCUGGCGGGGACGCCGUGGCCCACGGCACCGUCGCCGUGGGACGCGCCCGCGCCGGCCGCGCUGGCGCGGGGCCAGCCCGUCUCCGCCUGCGGGGCGAUGGCGGGCCAGGCGGACGCUCAGUGGCCGCCAGGCUGGGCAGGCGCCGCCACACCCCAGCCCGCGCCAUUCGGCGCCCCAGCGGGCGCGCAGGCGCCCGUGCCCAAGCCAGCUGCCGGGAAAGCCGACCGCUCGUGGGUGGCCGAAUUCGACCCUAUGGCGUGAGCCGCGCCGUGCGGCGCUGCAGGCCCCCCUCUGCUGCCGCGGGCCCCUCGAGGGUGCCCGCCACUGACGCGGUGGCGCGGGCGCCCGCCUGCCGCGCGGCAGCGCCCCGCCGCGGGGCCCCGCCGGCGGACGCGGCGUCGUGAGGGAGCCGGCCACGCGUGCGGAGGGGCCCUUCUCCGCCAGAGGUCAAGUCGGGCCUGUCCCCCUACAGGGGCGCGGUGGGUCGAGCCCGUCGCACACGGGGGCGGGGGCCGCUGCGGAGGAGGGGAGCGCGCCCGCCCCGUCCGACGACGUAGUCUACCGCCCGCGGCGCGCAGGGCGGGGGCGGGAGCGAUUUCGUCUUCGUGGCUGGCGGGCGAGAGGGGUGCCAUGGGGC